AAAAGUCAUAUGAAAGUUAAUAUCUUCCUAAUGUUAAUAUGACCCUCCAGUUGUUCCAGUGGCCUCAAAAACUAUUAGAUCAAUCAACGAGAUAAUAAUAAUAUAAAAUAAUUGAGGAAACAAAAUAUGGUUUUGGCUGUUUAAUGGCAAAUAAUGGUGAAGCUUUUCCCGCAAAAAAAAUGGUGAAGCAACAGUUACCGAUGUUGACAGAAAAGAAAUUGACCUCUCCUAUUCCAUUCCCUCAUGCUUAAAUCAGCGCUCUCCUCUCUUAGAGUACAUUCCCAACACCAGAAACUGAGCUACCAAACAAUGUCUCAGACAUCUGAGGAAGAGUCUCUAUUCAACUUCCAGCAGCAACAGAAGCUGGCACUCUGUGAAGCAGCACUGAGCAAAGGCGACCCCAUCAUCCAUGCAGGGAAAAAGAGACGAGGUCAUCCUGGCCAACCAGAUCCAGAUGCAGAAGUAGUUGCAUUCUCACCCAAGACAUUAUUGGCAACAAACAGAUAUAUAUGUGAAGUCUGCCAUAAGGGUUUCCAGAGAGACCAAAACCUUCAACUCCACAGGAGGUGUCACAACUUACCAUGGAAGCUCAAGCAGACAAGCGGCACCGACGCUAAGAAGAAGGUGUAUAUUUGCCCUGAAGCCACCUGCCCUCACCAUGAUGCAACCCGUGCUUUGGGUGAUCUAACAGGGAUAAAGAAGCACUACUCACGGAAGCAUGGCGAGAAGAAAUGGAAGUGUGAAAGAUGCUCUAAGAAAUAUGCAGUCCAAUCGGACUGGAGAGCACACACGAAGAUAUGUGGCACCAAGGAGUACCGCUGUGAUUGCGGAACAAUAUUCUCAAGAAAGGACAGCUUCAUCACACAUCGAGCCUUCUGUGAUGCAUUAACUGAAGAUAACUCCAGAAUCAACCAAAGCCUCGCUGCCAUGGUGGGAAGUUUGCAUGGCCAACAGCAGAGCAUCUUUCCGCACACGAUACCUGGUCCAGACUCUUCCCCAAAUGAUGCAGCCGGAAACUUCUCUGGUAAUGACCAUAGUUCAGACGACCAUCUGGGGUCUUUAUCACCUUAUACUUUCAUCCGAAGGUCCACUUCAUUGUUCUCCAACCAGAUGAUAUUACCACACGAUUCUGGCACUCUAGCAGAUGGGAGUGAACCAAGCUCUCCUUACAUGUCCAUGAGCUCUCCAUACAUGUCAGCCACAGCCCUGCUACAGAAAGCAGCAGAGAUGGGAGCAAAGACCAGUGAAGAUCCUACGACACCAUUGCUUCUGAAAGGUUUCCCGAACUAUUUCACCACCAAAGGUCACAUUGGGAUAUCUUCUGGCAUCCUAGGGACCCCGAUAGCUAAUAGUGAUAGAAAGAAGACUGCUGAAGACAACAGCUCCUACAUGAACUCACCAUGGACUGGUAGCUGCAUGAGACCUCCUAAUGCAGUGCCUUGGAUCGGACUACCGCCAUUUUCCAUGGGGGCAGAAAAUAGAAGCUCUAGCAUGGUUGAUGAGGAUCAUAUGCAGCAAAAUGCGCAUGAGACCAUUUUUGGGGUUAGAGAUGUGGGACUAACGCAAGACUUUCUAGGUUUAGGAGGCCAUGGUAAUGCCGAGAUGCACGAUGACACCUACAAUGGGGAAAUGGCAUUAAGCUAUUCCAAUGAGCAGCAGAAAUCUGAGCAAGAUAUCUACUCCUACCAUCAGUAGUCUCAUGAAUCUAUAGACCCAUUUGGGAUUCAUAAGCACAAUAGUUUACUUACAACAAAUAGUUUCAGCUUGAAGUUCCUUCAAUAACAUGUACUACAAUAUAAACCUUUAUUAUUUAAGUCAAAUAUGGCUAGAAGAUGAUUUCAUGAAAUUCUGAAAACUUAGCUGACACAAAACUGACACGGACAGUGUGGCUUUACAGAAAUCUGGUAUUGCAUUCAAUAAGAAUAAAGCUCAGUGCAAAAUUAUAAUUAUGGAUGCUGGAAUAGAGAGUGCAGAAUAUGUAUUUGAUUGAACAAUAAUUAAUAACCAGAGUCUGGAAUGUUAUGACUUCAAUGACAAGCAACAUGUGAGCAACAAAAAACAGAGUUGCCUCUCAAAUGAGAAAGCAACAGAAUACAUUUUUAUCUGCUUCAGUAAAAUACAUGCCUCAAAUGACAAUGCUCACAGCAUACUGGAUCCGGAAGCAACAAAACGCUGCCAUCUUCAACAGAGAGGCUCAAUGUCACUCACCAAGCUGUUGCGACACAAUACAGGCAGACGACAGUUUGUGGGCCAGUACAAGGACUUCAGGCGUCACUACUGGCAGAGCUUAGUGCUCAGGGGUGUCAGGUGUAGCAUCAUCUGCUGGGGUUGUGAUCCCUAUUCUUAGGCUUGUACAAAAAAACUUCUAUUUCUAUCGAUGCAUCAAGACAAAAGCUUUAGUGUUUCCUUGCAAAAAAAUGCAUGCCUUU